GAAACUUGGAAAGAAAGAAGAGAAAAAAUUAGCCGAAUGAAUGCAAGUGAUGUAAUUUUACACAAUGAAACAAAUGUGCCAUCAACAUCAAAGGUGUCAUCUACAACAGAUGAAAUGGAUUAUAUAUUGGGUGAAAAUUUUCGGCUUGAUGCUAAACAUUUAAAUCGUGUUCAUGAAGAAUUGGAAAAAUUGAAUAUUGCAACAGAUGUAAUUAAUAAAUUAGAAUUACAACUUGAUGAAGCAAGAGCUACCUUUAGGAAAAUUCAAGCUUCUUGGUCUGAAAAAUUGAACGAAUUAAGUCGUAAAUAUGGUUCAGCAAUUGCUAAAGGUCGACCAUAUUAUGAAGCAAAGCUUAAGGAGAGACGAUUACGUGAAGAAGCGCAAAAUGCUGCAAUACGCUUCGAGCGUGCCAAUUCGAUGCAUGCAGUAGCAAAGCAACAAGUGAAAUUAACACAAGAUAGUUUAAAUCGGCAACGAAUUAUUGAACCAGAAUGCUUAGAGGUGUUAAACCAUCAUAUCCAACGUGUAAACGAAGCGGAACAAGAACGUAUAGCGGCUGAAGAAGUGCAUCGUUCAAUAUCGGAACAUAUGACACAGUUAACAAAAGAAAUUGCACAAAUGCUAGAUGGAAAUGCUCGAUCUAUUAAGAAAAGCCGACGUUAUUUUGAGCAACGCAUCGAAUUUACAAGAAUUUUGGAACAUCAAAAAAGUCUCAUUCUGAAACUUGAAUCGGAGGUGCGUCAGAAAAAGUAUGAUUAUACAUCAUCGUUGAGAAAUUUGGAACAGAUAUCAGAUGCUAUACAUGAAGAGAGAAGCUUGUCAAGUGUACGACGUGAACCUGGCGUUGGUUGCGAAUCACCGGACUUACCAUCUUGUGAAGUAGCAUUCAAUAAAGAGAAAGCACAGCGUCGAGUUGAAGAAGAGGAGGAAAGAAAGCGUAAAGCAGAUAUAGCAAAUACUGUUGCCCUCGAAGGGAUUAAAGUGGCUUUUGACCAACUUACUUUGGAUUGCGAAAAAACAGUCGAUCCUGCUCUGUUUGAUGAAUCACCUGAAGGAGCAGAUUCAGGAUCAGUUAAAGAUGGAACUCUUGGUUCUGGUGUUAUAUUACUUGCGCAACAGUUGAUUCUUAGUCAGGGUAAAUCGAAACAAAAUAAAAACAUUAGGUUGUCAACAGAUUUAACUGAUUUUCGUUAUCGCACCGAAUUGCCCGAGGGUGCAGCUGCAACAGUAACAAUUUCUUCACCAGAUGGCAAUGAUAGCGAUAGCUCAAUGGAAAGCAACCAUACGGGAAUAACGAUGAACACGGAUGAUUUGUCAGGAAUGCUUCGAAGCCAUUCUCAAAUGAUUGAAGAAAUUGAUGAAUGUGCUCAGCGUACUGAAACCAUAUUGCAUAAUAAUUUGAAUGUUAUUCGUCGAGCUGGAAAUGAUGAUGUGGAGCGUGAUAGCGGUCAUAGUUCAUCGAGUUACUAGUCAUUUUUUAUAUUUCUCUAUUUCUCCUUCAUAAUUACUGUGUCCUUUUCUUUUCCAAUAUUAGAAUUAUUUUAUGAAUGUUAGGAACAACUAAGUUUAUUCGUAUAUCAUCGAAUAUUAUCUCUUAUAAUAUAUUUAUGAUUUUGUUGAAAAACAUUAUGGCAAGCAUCAUAUUAACUAAGCAAAAGAGUAAAGCAAAUUGACAGUACAACUGUUCUUACAUCUUUUUUACGUUUUGCCACGUUUGGAUAACCUCUACUCAAACGUUUUUACAUUUUUGCGUAUUAUGCGGGUAGUUGAAAUUGUUGAGUAUUCCAUCUACUUAGAUUUGUUUUACAUCCUUAUGCUUUCUAUCUUUUGUAUGAUUUGCGUGUGUAUGCAGUCCUUGCGAACCGUUUAAUUACCUUCAUAUUGUUUUACAGAUAUAUUGUAUCAAGUGAUUUCGUUCCUGGCGAUACUUAAACAUUAACAUGUCCAGG